AUGAAGAUUUUGAGACAAGGCUUUCUGCUUCUGGUGUUAUGUACUUUUAUUUUUGCAGGGUUUGAAGUGAGGGCAUUAACCUACGAUUACUCAGCCAGUAUUGAGUGUUUGGCAACUCCUCUCAGACCUCAAUACGACGGAGGCAUCAUUGUAAAUCCAGAACUAAACCAUAGCUUAGAAGGAUGGUCUUCUUUCGGCGAAGCAAAAAUGCAACACAGAGAAUCAUCAGAAGGCAACAAGUUUGUUGUGGCUCAUAGCCGAAAUCAAUCGCAUGACAGUAUUUCUCAGAAGAUUAACUUGGAAAGUGACAAGCUCUAUACAUUUUCCGCUUGGAUACAGGUAAGUAAUGGUAGUGCUCCAGUAACAGCUAUUUUCAAGACUAGUAGUGGGUUCAUACAUGCUGGUGCAGUUGUUGCGGAACCCAAAUGCUGGUCCUUGCUCAAGGGUGGCCUCACUGUCAAUGCCUCGGGUCCUGCUGAGUUAUAUUUUGAGAGCAAUGACACAUCUGUUGAGAUUUGGGUUGAUAGCAUCUCAUUGCAACCAUUCACCGAAGAGGAAUGGAAGUCUCAUCAAGACCAAAGCAUUGCAAAGAUUCGUAUGGGAAAUGUGAGAAUUCAAGCAGUUGAUGCACAAGGAAACCCUCUAAAAAAUGCAACAAUCUCUAUCCAACAAAAGGCUUCAAGUUUCCCUUUUGGGUGUGCUAUCAACAAGAACAUCCUCACCAACAAUGCGUACCAAAAUUGGUUUACAUCAAGGUUCAGAGUAACAACAUUUGAAGAUGAAAUGAAAUGGUACAGCAAUGAGCCUUCUCCUGGCCGUGAAGACUACUCAGCAGCUGAUGCCAUGCUUCAGUUUGCAAGAAGUCACGGCAUUGCAGUUCGAGGCCACAACGUGUUCUGGGACGAUCCCCAUUUCCAACCCGGUUGGGUCAACUCACUCACCAAACGGCAACUUUUCUCGGCCACUUUCAAGAGGGUAAAUUCUAUCAUGCACAGAUACAAGGGUCAAGUUAUAGGGUGGGAUGUUGUCAAUGAAAACUUACAUUGGAAUUUCUUCGAAAGCAAGCUGGGUUCGAAGGCCUCAGCCCUCAUGUAUAACUGGGCUGUUAAAGCUGAUGGAGCAAACACCUUGUUCAUGAAUGAAUUUAAUACCAUUGAGGAGAGCAGAGAUGGAGCAUCCACGCCAGCUAGGUAUCUCCAAAAGCUGAGAGAGAUACAAACCUUUCCCGGUAACAGAAAUGCACGGAUGGCGAUUGGGCUCGAGUCUCAUUUCGUCACUCCUAACCUUCCUUACAUAAGAUCGUCCAUUGACAUCCUUGCUGCUACAAGAUUGCCUAUUUGGAUUACGGAAUUGGACGUGCAAAGCGGUCCCAAUCAGGCGUGGUACUUGGAGCAGGUUCUAAGGGAGGUACAUGCUCACCCACAGAUUCAAGGAAUUGUGAUUUGGGCUGCUUGGAAUCCUCAGGGAUGUUACAGAAUGUGUUUGACAGAUAACAAUUUCCGCAACUUGGCCACUGGUAAUGUUGUUGACAAGCUACUUUAUGAAUGGGGUUUGAAGGCCUCUGCUUCUUCUGGCGCAACAGACUCUAAUGGUUCCUUUGAGGCCAAUCUAUCCUAUGGAGAUUACGAAUUGGAAAUUAGUCACCCCUCCGCGACGAACUCCUCCCUGGUUUUUAAGUUCAAUGUGUCAUCAACUACUGCAUCCCUGCAACCAUUGCGGCUCCAACUUUCUGCUUGA